AUGACCCUGUUUGAAGCAAGUGGAGUGUCUAUGCAAUUAGGUGACGGACGUUGGUUGUUCAAGGAUGUUUGUCUCGAGUUGGAAAAAGGAGAGACGUUACUUAUCCCGUAUUCUGCGGGACAAUCCAACUUGGGAGGAAAAUCACCUACCCACUUUGGGAUUCCUAUUUGGCGAUCGCGAGUCAUGUAUGUCCCACAACGACCUGCCAUUCAUCCUGGUACGCCCAUGGAUCUGUUCAAUAUGGCCAAGAAGUAUGCCUCCCAAAAGGGAAAGUAUUUUGAUGAUCCUAUUAAAAUUGGUAACGACUGGAACUUGUCGGAAGCUCAUUUCUAUGAGAGCUGGAACUAUUUAUCGGGCGGUGAAAUGCAACGUGUGUCAUUAGCCAUUGCAUUGGCACUAAAUCCUGAAGUCUUAUUACUGGAUGGUAAAAGCAAAUGA